AUGGUAUAUGCACCAGCAAUUUUGCUGAGCUGCAUAUGUGUGUCGGCAGCCGUUGCUAGGCGCCGAGUGCCAUUACCAGAAGAAGAAGAAGAAGUAACGAACGACGAAGAUAAAAGGCGGGCGGGUUCAACGUCCGGGCUCAACGUACGGGAUCUCAACGUACGAUCGUCUAAAGACGACGCAGCUAAGGACGUUUGGCUAAUGCUUAGGAUGUUUGCAGAAGUGGAAAUGUUUAAUGAAAUACAGGCCGGUAUGGUAAAUCAGCAGGCGGCAAACAAGAGACCUGCAGUACUGGAUGGAGUACGAAGGAUGAUACCGGUGCCAGCACACAGGUAUUCACCUUUAAAGGAAAACUGGGUGAAAAUAUUCACUCUUCUCACCGAGCUGAAGCUACGUAUACGCUUCCAUGAGAAUAUAAUGAAUGUGGAAAUCAGUACUCCGCCGGAGACCCCGGACAAGUCCAGUCUCCAAAAAGCAACAGAUUUCAUAAAGGCGUUCCUCUGUGGAUUUGAGGUGGAGGACGCUUCGAUGCUGCUGGCUGGCCUGGACGACUUGUUCGUGGAGGCUUCCGAGGUGAAAGACGCCAGCCAACGGAUAAAGGGACACCACCAAUCUCGGACAAUCAGCAGAUUGGUGGGCAAGGGUGGAAGGAGAAAGCAAAGAAUUGAGAAGCUGACGCGAACAAAAAUUGUGCUGCAAGACACCAAGUUAUUCAUACUUGGUUCUUACCAAAAUAUACAAUUGGUUCGCAACGCGAUAGGCAAGUUAAUCUUAGGCAUCCCACCCUCCAAAGUCUACAGGCAAUUGUAAAACAUCGCCAGUAGACUCAGAAAACACCAAAGUAACAGUUACAUAACAUCAAUAUAAAUGUAAUAUAACACAUGCCUGUUAUAUUACAUUUGCAUUGAUGUUAUGUAAUUGUUACUUUGGUGUUUGCUGGGGAGUAUUUUCGACUAUCUUUUUUGGGAACAGAAUCCGCGCUGGUUGCGCCGGUGGGUGCUGGGACUGUCACUCUUGGGUGGCAGAGUCCGCACCGGUGGCACUCUU